AUGGAUUCUGCAUCAGCAAGUCUGAUAUACGAGCUUCUGAGAAGUGACACUGCAGCCGAGCUAGAUCGUGUCAAGCGUGUCAAGGUCACACAGCCGGAUUUGGAUUCGCCAGACCACGAGGCUGCGCUUGAGUCGUGGAAAAGAGAAAUAGAUCACUUUGAUUCGCGACCCCAGGAGUUUAUCGCUGCUCUUGAGAGAAUAAAUAUAGUUCAAGAUCCCGAGCCCGACGAUGUCUCUGCUGACGGUGAUCACGCCGAUGAGGGAAACGGAGUAGAUAGCUAUUAUCUAUUUGAUGAUGAUACCUCAAGCGAGUCGAGCGCCGAUCAGUCAGCAGAGGCAGUUACGACAGAUUCGGAUGGUGAAGUGUCUUUGGUAUCUCGCAGCUCCAGCCUGAGCUUACUAUCCGCAACGCCCUCACUGUCGGAUCUUGAAACAGAUGUACCUGCAUCCAAUCAACAGGAAUGUAUUGCAUGCAUGGAGGCCCUUCCUGCUGAGGAUAUGUCCAAAUGCCCGUGCUCUCACUAUUACUGCAACAGUUGCAUCGAAAGUUUUGUGGAAGCCACUUUGGCUGAUAUCUCCCUCUUCCCACCGAAGUGCUGCGGCACCCCUAUUCCUUGGUCUACGAUUAAACCAGCACUCAGAGACUCCAUGGUCAAGAAAUUUGAGGAACGUCUCGCUGAGGUGAACAAGCCACCACCACCAGUGCCACAAACCAUCUGUUCUGAUAAGCGCUGCCUUACGCCAAUUCCAGCUGACAGGGUACAUGAUCAUGUUGGUAUUUGCCCAAAGUGCAAGUGCAGCACUUGCACUUUCUGUGGUAACGAGUCCCAUCCUGGUGACUGCAACAAUAAAAAGGAAUGGAAAAAAUUGGAAAUAACAGCAAAGCAAAGGAAGUGGAAGAUGUGCCCGACUUGCAAGGCCUUUGUGGAGCGCACUUAUGGCUGCAACCAUAUAAGGUCGCUCCCGCCACCAGUGGACGUUCAUAUGAUGUUUUCUUCCUGA